AUGACUCCUGGUGUGUCCAAGAGAGAGUGGUUGAAGCAGCAGAGAGCUCAGUUGAAGGAAUACAGGCGUGGAGGCAGCCUGCAGAACAAACCCAGAAUCAGUUACAUUGAGGAGGAGGAACCCAAAGAUGAAGACUACUUCUUCUGUGAGGAUUGUGAAGAUUUCUUCAUUGAGGAGUGCUGGAUCCACGGCCCCCCCAUCUUCAUCCCUGACACCUUGGCACCAGUGGGGGUCCCAGACCGAGCCAGACUCACCCUGCCCCCUGGAUUGGAGGUCAACAAGUCCCACAUCCCCAACGCAGGACUGGGAGUCUUCAACCGGGGCCAGGAGAUAGCCAGAGGAACUCACUUUGGACCCUACGAGGGACAAGUCAUGGACAAGGAGCAGGCCAUAGAGAGCGGAUACUCAUGGGUGAUUUACAAGAGCCGCCAUACAGAUGAGUACGUAGAUGCGAAGAAGGAAACUCAUUCCAAUUGGAUGAGGUAUGUGAAUUGCGCUCGUAACGGUGAGGAGCAGAAUCUGGUGGCGUUUCAGUACAGAGGAGGGAUUGUGUAUCGCUGCUGUCGGCCUGUUGUCCCUGGAGAAGAACUGCUGGUCUGGUAUGGAGACGACUACGCCAAAGAGCUGGGCAUCACAUUCGACUACCUCUGGGAUGUCAAGAGCAGCGCUAAAGAAGUAUCUGUGGCGUCUCAGGUGUUCUCCUGUUCUCUCUGUCCGUUCUCCUACACUGCUCAAAUCUACCUGCACAAGCACAUCAAGAGAAGUCACCCAGACGACUAUGUGCGACUGCUGAGGUCUGAAGAGAUCAGAUCAGAGACUUUCAUACCGUCCGGAGGCAGAAACCAACACACACAGCAAACCACAACUGCGGCGUCCAGACCAGUCACACAGCCGUCUUCAGAACAGCAAGGAGCACAUGAGCAGAGACGACAGCAGAACACCCAAGCAAGGGAGAAGAAACACCACUGCACUCAGUGUGGCAAGAGUUUCACUCAACAGGGAUCUUUAAAAGUACACCACCUCACUCACACAGGAGAGAGGCCUUAUCACUGCACUCAGUGUGGCAAGAGUUUUAUUCAAGCGUCAGAUUUAAAAGUACACCAGCAGACUCACACAGGAGAGAGGCCGUAUCACUGCACUCAGUGUGGCAAGAGUUUCACUCAACAGGGAUCUUUAAAAGCACACCAGCGCACUCACACAGGGGAGAGGCCGUAUCACUGCAGUCAGUGUGGCAAGAGUUUUAUUCAAGCGUCAGAUUUAAAAGUACACCAGCGCACUCACACAGGAGAGAGGCCGUAUCACUGCACUCAGUGUGGCAAGAGUUUCACUUCAGUGGGACAUUUAAAAACACACCAGCGCACUCACACAGGAGAGAGGCUGCAUCACUGCAUUCAGUGUGGCAAGAGUUGCACUACAGGGAAAGAUUUAAAAACACACCACCUCACUCACACAGGAGAGAGGCCGUAUCACUGCACUCAGUGUGGCAAGAGUUUCACUACAGUGGGACAUUUAAAAACACACCAGCGCACUCACACACAUGAGCAGAGACGACAGCAGAACACCCAAGCAAGGGAGAAGAAACACCACUGCAUUCAGUGUGGCAAGAGUUUCACUACAGGGGGAUGUUUAAAAGUACACCAGCGCACUCACACAGGAGAGAGGCCGUAUCACUGCACUCAGUGUGGCAAGAGUUUCACUCAACAGGGAUCUUUAAAAGCACACCAGCGCACUCACACAGGGGAGAGGCCGUAUCACUGCAGUCAGUGUGGCAAGAGUUUUAUUCAAGCGUCAGAUUUAAAAGUACACCAGCGCACUCACACAGGAGAGAGGCCGUAUCACUGCAGUCAGUGUGGCAAGAGUUUUAUUCAAGCGUCCUAUUUAAAAGUACACCAGCGGACUCACACAGGAGAGAGGCCGUAUCACUGCACUCAGUGUGGCAAGAGUUUCACUCAACAGGGAUCUUUAAAAGCACACCAGCGCACUCACACAGGAGAGAGGCCGUAUCACUGCAGUCAGUGUGGCAAGAGUUUUAUUCAAGCGUCAGAUUUAAAAGUACACCAGCGGACUCACACAGGAGAGAGGCCGUAUCACUGUAGUCAGUGCGGCAAGAGUUUCACUACAGUGGGACAUUUAAAAACACACCAGCGCACUCACACAGGAGAGAGGCUGCAUCACUGCAUUCAGUGUGGCAAGACUUUCACUUGGUCUGGUCAUCUAAAGACACACAAGUGCUCUCACAGUAAAGAGCCCUAAUCACUCUGCUGCUGAAUAAAGACCUUGAUGUUGCUUCCACCAGAGCAGGAAUGCCAAUAAACAAGACUGUCAUUGAAAUAUUCACCAACACAGAACACAUUUUUAACUGACCAUUUUAACUGACUUUGGUAACUGGCUCUUUUGUUGAGCGUUUAAUAGAUGUUUAUUAAUAUUGUGAUUUGAUGUAUGUGAGAGUGUGUCAGAGUAAUUGAUUUGUAAUAUUAUGAUUUGAUGUAUGUGUGAGUUUAAGAGUAAUUGUGAAGAAUGUGUUUAAGUUUUUACUUGGUGAUGGUGUAAAAAUGGUCUAAUUGAAAACCACAAUAGUCAACAGUUAACACCAAAUAAGAGUAAAGAUGGCUUACUUAAUUACACACACUAAAUGAAAAGUGAAUUUGACUUGUAAAGUAGAUUUUGUCACAUUGGUGACUUAAAUAUCUAUUUGUGUAAGUGAAUAGACCAAAUAGAAUUGAAUAAAACGUGGAGUAGUGUA